UAUAAAAUUCAAAAUUCAGUUUUCCAGGUGCAUAUGUUCGGGUGGAAGACCACAUUCAUUAAAACUGAGUGGUACCAUCAUUUUUUCACAGUGCCAGGAACAUACAUAUAUCAAGAUUCUUCAUAAUUUAAUUUCUUUAGGAAUAAUACAGGGCGUUAAUAUUUGAUGGAAACAAUUUGAAAAGUAAUACAGUUGUUCAGAGUAUACGACAGAAAUUCUUAUUUCAAGACAGCCCAUUCAGGCUGAUGUACUUUUUGGAUUGGCAUUAUUGGUGGCUCUGGCUUAGACGAUCCCGAUGUUCUCACCGAUCGAAAAGAAAAGACUUUUGUGACUCCCUUUGGUUCACCAUCAGACAGUCUUAUUGAAGGGAAAAUAAAGAACGUUGAUUGUGUCCUUUUAGCAAGACAUGGACGGAAGCAUACCAUCAUGCCUAGCAAUGUUAAUUAUCGAGCCAAUAUUUUUGCCUUAAAAGAACUUGGUUGUACUCAUAUCGUAGUUACAAAUGCAUGUGGUUCACUAAGAGAAAAUAUCAAGCCUGGUCAUAUUAUAUUUCCUGAUCAAUUCAUUGAUAGAACAACUAAACGAGCUAGUACUUUUUAUGAUGGUGCAGAGUUAUCUCCAAAAGGCGUUUGUCACAUUCCAAUGCAUACACCUUUCUGUCCUGCUACUCGAAAGAUUCUUGCUGAAACAGCUAAAAAACUUGAAUUUCCACAUCAUGAAUCAGGCACAAUUGUUGUAAUUGAAGGUCCCCGUUUUUCUACGAGAGCAGAAAGUCAUCUGUUUCAGUCUUGGAAUUGUGACAUCAUAGGCAUGACCACUGUACCAGAAGUAGUACUUGCAAAUGAGCUCGGGCUGUGUUAUGCAGCUGUUGCCAUGGCUACUGACUAUGAUUGUUGGCGUUAUGAUGAAUCAUCUGUUUGUGUUGAUGAAGUAAUGGCGACAAUGAAACAAAAUGCAUAUAAAGCUACACAAAUUCUUUUAAAUGCUAUACCUGCUAUUGCCGAGAAAGACUGGUCAAAUAUUUUGAAAGAAAAUGAGAUGGAAGAUAUUAGUUUUGAAGAUGUUGAAGAGACAAUAAAAUUAAUAAAAGAAGUACCACAGCUAGCAGGUAAUGUUUCUGAUACAGUUCAGAAUGUUUUGAAAAGAAUGAAAAAUAAUGAGCUAGAGACCCAUAAGGGGAUAAGUUUUCUAGAUCUUAAAAAUCAAAUUAUGCUGAGCUAUGUGACCAAUCUUAGCUACAUUGUCAUGAAAAAAUUACAAGGUGAAAAAAUUGAGGAUGAUCCUGUGGUUGAAAGAUUGGUUGAAUUAAGAAUAGUUUUAGAGAAAAUGAGGCCAAUAGAUGAGAAACUGAAAUAUCAGAUCAAUAAAUUGCUAGCUACAGCAACAUCAGGAAAUAUUGAUACUAAAGAUCCUCUUCGAUUCAGAGCCAAUCCUGAAAGUUUAGAGGAUCAGGAAGAAGAAGAUACUCCAAAUGAAAGCAAAAGAGAGUCUAAAGUAUAUGUUCCUCCUAAAAUUUCUGCUGCUUAUUUUGGUUUGUAUUUCCAAGUUUCAAUUUGUUACUUUCUUUUAAUUCUCUUUUUAUUAUUUCAAUGCUGUUUAUAGAAACUGUGGCAUGUGAAAAAAUCCCUAUAUAAUUAAUGCAUAAAAUACACUUUUGUUGUAGUCACUGCUCAUUGUAUCUUUCUUUUUUAAAAAGAAGGAUAUGACAUCUCAUGUAAGUGUCAACCGUGUUACAUUUAAAUAUAUUCCAUUUAUUAUUUAAACAUUUCAUUAAUUUCUGUCCUUCCGUUUUGUGUUUACUUGCACAUUCAUCAUAUUUAAAAAUGCUGAUGCAGUGAAUUUUGUUCGGCAUAUUUCUCAUAAUUUUCUAACAUUUAAGUGUUACCCUUCUUAAAAAAAAAGUAUGAUACUGAAUACUGUUAGUUAUGUUAUUAUUCAAUAUAUGUGAUAUAAAUCAGGGAAAAUUCCACUUAGCUCCAAACUUAUGAAAAUCUUUUUGGGCAGUAUGUGUAUGUUAUCAGCUGUUAUUAGAAAUGUUUCUUCUGUACUCAGUGUGUAACUCAGAAUGAGAAAUGCAGCAAGCCACAAGUAUUUUUUAUAUGACUGUAUGCUCUAGACUGACCCACAAAAAAAUCUUUUAUUUAGGAUAUAUUCAGUUAUCACUUAAAAGCUAAAUAAAAAUUAUCAAUUUUUCUUUUUUUUUUAAAUCAGAUGCUAAGCUAAACUCUUCCACUUUCUUGUCUUUUUGUAUCACCAAUUUGUAGAAAAGCAGUUUUAGAGAUAUUUGUGGCAAAUAUAAAAGAUAUGUUUAUUGUU